AUUGUGUGAUCAUGUAUUAUUAACCUGUUUAAUUUAAAAACAUUCAACAGUGCACAUCGUAUUAAGGGAAGCAUGACAUUUUAAAAGAAUUAAAUUGUUUUUAAUUCUUUUCUCUAUUAUUAUUGAACACUAUUAGUAUGCCGAUACUAGCUGAACUUGCAGGGGACGAGAGCACCGGUGAGAGCUCACGUACGUUUGUGUUUGAAGACGAAGGUCACACGUUGGGUAACGUACUGAAGAGUAUAAUUUGCAAAUACCCAGAUGUAAAUUUCUGUGGCUAUACGGUUCCUCAUCCGGCAGAGAACAAGAUGCAUUUCCGAAUACAGGCCGCCAAGAACGUUCGUGCUAUCGAUGUGCUGAGACGCGGGUUGGAAGAUCUAGAGCGAGUUUGCGAUCAUACCAUUGAGACGUUUGAGGCUGCAAUCAACGUUCAUCAGGAAAAUUAUAAUUAGAAUUAUAUGCGUAGUAUUGUGGAAUAAUAAACAAUGUAAGCAUUAUAUGUUGAGAUACUAAAUACAUGUUUUUAUCUUGCCGAUCUA